AACUUCACUUUGAAUCCAGGGAUCAAGACCUGGUCAAAAGCUGCUGACAAGUGGCCUUAUGAGUGUAGCAACUGUCUGAGUGAAUUACUGCAAGCACAACCAUGCAGUGGAGACGACGGCACUGCUGUACACACACAGCUAAACUUCUCUAUCUCCUCUCACUGUUGGGUGUACUGGUUUUUCUGGUUCACCAGGUGUGGCUGCCAAGGUUCACAGGUAUGCCAUGGUGGAGAAGCCAUCCAGUGGUGUAUGGAGGUGGUGGACUUCAUACCACUAAAGCCAAACUGAACACGAGCUCCCAACAUUCAAUGUGGAGGUUUGUCAUUGUUCCUCAGCCGACUUUCAGGGCUGAUGCUAACAGCUCCCACGAAAAAGAUGGUGUCGCCUCUCCUCAAGCAGACCCAAGCUUUGGAAACAAUGUGGCAACCAACACAAGCCAAAGUGAGGAGGGAGACGUUAGUGGCACAAUAACUCACGGGCCUUUCCCUUAUAUCAUCAAUGAGCCAGACAAAUGUGUAGAGAGCAGACCCGUGCCAUUUCUGGUGAUGCUGAUAGCCACCGAGGCUCGGAAGGUGGAGGCAAGGAAUGCCAUACGUCAGACAUGGGGGAAUGAGAGUGUUGCCCUGGCUCUGGGAUUCAUCCGGCUCUUCAUGCUUGGGAAAAAUGAGGGAGAGCUAGGACUAUUACAACAAAGGAUGCUAGAAGCAGAGAGCCAAAGGCAUCAUGACAUCAUUCAGCAGGACUUUCUGGAUUCCUACAAAAACCUGACCAUAAAGACGCUGAUGGGAAUGAACUGGGUGGCAAUGCACUGCCCACGGGCCAGCUACGUCAUGAAGACGGACAGCGACAUGUUUGUCAACACAGAGUACCUCAUUUAUAAGCUACUCAGGCCAGAACAGAAGCCCAAGAAGAACUACUUCACAGGCAAUAACAUGAGAGGCUUUGCACCCAACAGAAAUAAAAACAGCAAGUGGUACAUGCCCCCAGAGUUGUACCCAAGUGAGAAGUAUCCAACCUUCUGCUCUGGGACUGGUUAUGUCUUCUCUGGAGACUUGGCGAGGAAAAUUUACAGAGCAUCUCUAAGUAUCCGCCACCUGCAUCUGGAAGAUGUGUAUGUGGGAAUAUGCCUGGCCAAGCUCCGGAUCGAGCCCACGCCACCACCCAACGAGUUCCUAUUCAACCACUGGCGAGUGUCUUACUCCAGCUGCAAGUACAGCCAUCUGAUAACCUCGCAUGGGUUUCAUCCCAAUGAACUACUUAAAUAUUGGCAUCACCUGCAAAGCACCAAACGCAGUGCCUGCAUAAACACAUUUAAAGACAGAGUAGGCAGGGCGCACUCAAACAGAAUGAAUGGAAGGAGACAAGCUUAAUAACUGAAGCUUUUACACUCACAAACUCUAUAUGAGGUACAAACCAUUUUUAUCUCAGCACAUUCUCUUCUCAACUUGAUAUGAAGGGAUUAAUCCACACUUUUUCCGUAUGGGAACUCAAUACAAACACUGCAUAAAUGUGUAAAAAUCGAUGGAAGUUCUCCAAUAUUAUUGCCAAUUUUGUACAAAAGAGAUGAAAACUGUUUCUAUGUCUGAGUCAAACCACUGGAGGGUUUAUGUGCACAGUUCUAUUUUACAAAAGAAUAAGCAGCGUGUCCACAAAAGUGACUUUUUUGUAAUUAUGUAAGUUCUAUUAUACAGCGGGGACCCUACUGUAUGUCUUUUAUAUAUGCGGAUACAAACUCAAAACCUGAGUUGACAAGGUACAGUGCCAACACACAUGUCAACAUGUGUAUCAAAUAGUCAGGGAAGUCAUUUUAAAAGAGGUUAGUUUCAACAUGAAGUCAAUGGUAACAGACUGAGAUUGUGGCAGAUUGACAACAAAUGUGGGACCAGCCACUUGUUAUGUAGCAAAUGAGCCAAAUAUGAUACAACACGUUUUUUUGGUAAUUGCAAUUGAAAAAGCACAUUUGAGGACUUAAUGAAGCACAACAGUUUCCCGUUACUUGAGUGAGGUGCUGUUGUGACAUAAUUGUAAAUGAUGACGCCCCUCCAAAGACAAUCUCUAAAAGUCAUUAUGGAAAAAUCUUUCCUGUCUGUGAUUUACGCUGAUUCUCUUUGACGUGGUCAAAUAGAAUUAGAAAGACCAGCAUCUUUUGUUUAUAGUUUACAUAUUUUAAAUCACUCUUACUGAUCUGCUUGAGAAUCAAAAGCACAUGAGAGCAUGCCAUUUGACUGAUGCUGUGAGCUACGACACAGCAAUAAUCACAGAGAUCAUAUCUUAUACAAAUGUGUUUUUACUGUCUAAAAACACAGAGGCUUCAGUAAAUAAGUCACACUGCAGCUAUGUUUAGCAGCCGUUCCAGCAAAUACCAAUCAUUAAAAAAAGACUCUUUCCGGAUGUGUGCAAAGUGAAGUUCAUGCAUGUAGUGCAGCUCUUUGUUAAGUCUUCAGCAAAACAAGAAGCUCUAU